AGAAAACAAACCAAACCACAAUGUUGUGAAUCGUGAACUCGACAACGGCAAGUUCGAAAAUGACAAACCAAACCGACAGCACACUAUAACACGAUAAUUCAACGAAUACGAGAAGCGCGAUGAAGACACUAGAGUUGCCAAGGUCGUCCACGGGAUCUUCCGUUCGCAACUGCCAGCGGCGCAAUCGGAGUCCACUCGAAGUAUUUCUUUCUGGUUUCAUCCUGGUCGGAUUCUUGGUGGUGACACAACUCCAUUCUGGGCCGGGAGGAUCCGGGAUCAUUCGGUCGACCGCCGCGGGGGCGACUGCGUCGACCUCCAACCUUCCCUACGAAAAACUGGCGAGAAUCGUCCAAAACAAGGUAGACGCGGAUGCACGGGAUCGCGACGAUCCGCCCUCGAUUUCCAGGCUGACCAGGGUGCUUUCCAAGCUGGCGUCCAACCAGCAGACCUUCAAGGGCCUGGACGGUGCCGCCCACGAGGCGUACCAGAGGACACACUCGGCAGACGAUGUCCACGACGUUUCGGUUUCCGGCAGAGCCCAGCGCAGCGCGGCGCGGCUGGCAGCGGUUGCCGAGGCCCUGUACGCGUGCGAGCUGGUGGAGGUCGCCGAGCGCCCCGAGCUGGUCUGGGGCGAAGAGGGCGGCGACGAAGUGCUGCGAGAAAAAGAAGUUGUCCUCAACACGACGCUUGCGGCGUCCGACGAGGCAGGGGGGCGGCGGUCCGGCGACGAAAAGGAUCUCUCCCUGUCGGUUUUGGUCAUUUACGAACCCCUGUACAACGGAGGAAUCGGAUUGGAACACGGCACCAUUCAGUCUCUGACACGACCGGCGGAGACAGCGGCGGGGAGGGGGCGAUUGCUGGUCGUCCUGGGCGAUAGCUCGUCUCUCACCGUCCCACAGAAAAUCGAGAUACUGGACGAGACUCCCAAGAAGAUAAAGCUAUCUAGUGGUCUCGUCACAAACGAAGUGGCAUCGGUACAGCCCACGCUCUACAAGAAGGCAGGGAAACUUCUGACUUUGUUGGAGCCGCAGCUGCGCCAAUACAACGCCUCUGCGGUGCACUUUGUCGGCCAUUCGCUAGCGGGUGGAGUGGCUAGCCUGGCUGCCACAAUCUUCGAUGGGAGUAUUCCGAUGCCGAAGAAACGAUCCAAGGGCAGAGCCAGCGGCAGCAAGGGGAAACGAAAGAAAAAGAAGCCAGCAUCUGACGAAGAGGAACUCCCGGAUGAUUCGCCAAACGACGACGGCUCCGAAGGAGGCUCCGAAGGAGAGCCAGGAGGGGAAGAUUCCGAAGAAGACGACGUUCCCCUCGAACCACUCAACGGCCUUGGAAGAGCUCGGGCUUCGGCUCUGACCCUGGGAUCCCCGCCGUGCCUGUCGAGCAACGUCGUUGCUGCCUAUUGCACAUCUUUUGUCUACGGCGAUGACAUUCUCUGCAGGACGACCAAAGAGAGCAUCGGGCGACUGGUGAAAAGGAUAGAAAGAAACCUACACAGCGGCU